AUGGGUAAGAAAACCCCAAAGGGCUUGUCUGCCGAUGAUAGAUUCAAAUCUGCCAGUUUUGAUCCCAGAUUCAAUCUUCCCAGUUUGAAAAAGAACAAAGUCAAGGUCGAUGAGCGUUUUUCAAAAGAGGAAAUCAGAAAACUUAACGCAUCCGCAACCGGCAAAAAAGCCAAAGUUGAUAGAUAUGGUAGAAAAAUAACGAAGAAUGAAGAUUCUGAUUUCGAUAAAUAUUUCGAAGAGGAAAAGCCGGAAGUUGAGGAAAACGAGGACUCUGAAGAUGCCUCUCAAUCAGAGACUGAGGGCGAGUCAAGUGAUGAGGGUGAAGAAAGUGCAAAGCAAGGACAGCUCGAAGUUGCAAAAGCUCCUCAUGUUGAAUCGGAGAGUGAAGACGAGCUGAGUGCCGAGGUCUUUAUUGACAGAGCAAGAGGAGAAGGUUUACAAUCUGAGCUGAGCUCGGAGGACUCAGAUCUGGACUCCGACUCCGAGGCUGAGUCCGAGGAAAUUGAGCUUGAAGAAGAAAAGCCAGAGGAAGGUGACCCUUCGGCCACCUUCGCAGUUGUUAACCUAGAUUGGGAGAAUGUUCGGGCAGUCGACUUGAUGUCUACAUUUGCUUCCUUCGUUCCAAAGGGUGGAAACAUCAAGUCGGUGACAAUUUAUCCCUCAGAAUUCGGUAAGGAGCAAAUGCAAAAAGAGGAAGUGGAGGGUCCUCCCAAAGAAUUGUUCAGGAGCAAGAAGAAAAAGGCCGAGGAAUCUGAUUCUGAUGAUGAUCUUGAUCUUGACUUAACAAACAAAGAAGACUUAGAAAAAGCAGCCAGAAAGCUUUACCAGGAGGACAAUGGUGAAGAGGACUACGAUUCAAAAGCCUUGCGUAGAUAUCAACUCCAAAGAUUGAGAUAUUACUACGCAGUUGUCAGAUGUGACAGUAUAGCUACAGCCAAAAACAUUUAUGAGAACUGUGAUGGCUCUGAGUAUGAAUCGACUGCAAACAUAUUCGACUUGAGGUAUGUUCCUGCUGAGAUGGAGUUCGAUGAGGAAGAUGCCAAGGAGGUCUGUACAAAAAUUCCUUCUUCGUACCGUCCGGACUCAACCUUUGUCACUGAUGCUUUGCAACAUUCUAAGGUGAAAUUGACGUGGGAUGAGACUCCAAAGGAGAGAUUGACUUUGUCGACUAGACUGUUUUCACAGAAAGAAAUCGAUGACAUGGAUUUCAAGGCAUACCUCGCCUCAGACAGUGACGAAAGUGAGGCUGAGGAUUCUUUGGCAAAAGACAAAUACAAGAGCCUAUUAGGCGGAAAAUUCUCUUUUGACAAUGGCAAUGCUCAAGAGGAAGAGGAUGAUGUUGACAUGGAAAUCACAUUCAACCCAGGACUUAAUGAGGAAGCCCCAGAAGAGCCUGAAGCUAAGGAAGAGACCACAAUUGAGGCUUACAAGAGAAAGGAGAAAGAACGUAGAGAGAAAAGAAUGGAGAAGUUCAAAGCUAAGAAUGAUGAAGAUGAUCAAGAUGCUACAGGUCUGAAGAAGGACGCAAGCAAGAAGGGCAAGAAGCAUGACAAGAAGAAGACUCGUCGCGACUCCAAGGGUCAAGCCGAGUUAGAGUUGCUCAUGAUGAACGAAGAUGACACUCAGACCAAUGAAGACCAUUUCAGUAUGAGAGACGUUGUUAAGGCUGAGAAAAAGAAGGGUAAGAAGAAGGGUAAGAAGAACUAUGACGAAGAUCUUGUUCAAGAUGACUUCAAGCCAGAUGUCACAGACGACCGUUUCAAGGAAGCCUUCGAGAGUCAUGAGUUCGCUAUAGACCCAACAAGCAGUGAAUUCAAGAAGACCAAUGCUAUGAAAGAGAUUUUGAAAGAGAGAAGCAAGAGACUGCGUAAGUCUGAUGGAGCCAAGCCCAAGCACAAAAAAAUGAAGGCUUCGGAGAAGCUGGGAGCUGAAUUGAAGACAUUGGUCUCGAAACUCAAACAGAAAAAGUAA